CUUCGAAACGAAAAAGUCGAAAAAGUCGCCUGCGACACUGCGUUUCUCUGCGUGUUGGUCUUCCCAAUUCGAAUCUCUCAGUUCGUGUCCGCGCUUUAGAAAACUGAAAACCCAAAGAAGCAGCAAGAAAUCAAAACACGUUUUACUCCCGCACAUUGAAAACGUAUUUUCCACAUACAAGGAUUUAUUUUCCAAUCGAAACCAUUUAAAUUGGUUUAUAAUUUCCGUAAAUUUGUGAAUGUGUUUUUUGAAUGAAAGUGUGUAACCAAAAAUAUGGAAAUUUCGCUUAUAAAUAUUGAUGUGUUUUAUUGAAUAUUCGUGUCUUUUACUUUGAAGCCGGUUUCGUUUUUGUGUCGAUAGUUUGCAUUAUUAAUUACAAUUUACGUUCAUCAAGUGGAAACAGUCAAAACAGAUUGAGAGAGAGACAAUUUCAAAGUGAGGAAAACAAGGAACCAAGCAAAAACAGCUUCUGAAUUGGUUUCGCCGCCUCUGAACGUGUUUGUUUGGCGGUAAUGUGAUCGGCGAUCUUCGGGAGCAAUUAGACGACUAAACAAAAGGACAAAGGACUACGGUAAAGCAGCUUACCAGCUGGCAGCGCGAAGGCGUCAAAGAGAUUCGAAAGGAGAAAAGCCAACUUGAAAAGGACUAUUCGCACACUGUGGCCAGCGGAGGAGGAGGAAAUCGAACCGAAUGCAGUAUCUCAACUACGCUCUGCAGACAUCCACGCGACUGCUGACGUACCAGGGCCCGAACCAGGAUCUCUAUCCUGACCAGACAGGACUAGCCUCCGCCCACGAGGAGGACAUCAAGCACGCCUGCUGCAGUCGCGGCGCCCAGCUGCUGAGGUUGCGCCACCGAGAGCUGGCCAAGCGACGAGCUCUCGAGGAUCAGAUUAACGCCAACCAGGAGGAGGAGACGGAGGAGGAUCAGCAGCAGGAUCAGGAUCAGGAGCAGCUGCCGGAGAACUCGGACAGCGAGCAGGGAGCCGUAGGCGGGGAGCAUCUGGAGCCGCAACCAGUCCAAUGAAACUUACUCUCAUUUAAUGUGCA